AAGUUAGAAGUUGAAGUUGAAAUACUGACGUUUUACGUUAUAUUACGAAACAAUUAUAAUUCUAGAUUGUUUCUAAUUGUAUGGGAACAAUCAGCCCAUUAAGUAAGGUCACUGUGUUUAGGGAUUUCUAUAUUUCAAGAUGAAGUUGGUGGUGGACGGACUUACGGUGUUAUUUCCGUACGACUACAUUUACCCAGAGCAGUUUUCGUACAUGUGCGAGUUAAAAAAGGCUUUAGAUGCAAAGGGUCACUGCAUGUUGGAAAUGCCAUCUGGAACUGGGAAAACUGUCUCACUACUUUCUCUAAUUGUUUCCUACAUGGAGGUAAACCCGCUGCAAGUUACCAAGCUAAUCUACUGCUCUCGAACACUGCCAGAAAUUGAAAAAGUACUUGCUGAACUGGCAAACCUUGUGAAGUACUAUGAAAAGGAGACUGGGAAGAAACCAAAAAUGGUAGGACUUGCAUUGUCCUCCAGAAAAAACUUGUGUGUUCAUCCGUCUGUAAGCCGGGAAAAAGAAGGAAAAGUCGUAGAUGGAAGAUGUCAAAGCUUAACCGCGUCGUUUGUUAGAGCUCGACAUCAAAAAGAUCCUAAUGUUAACGUCUGUAGUUUCUAUGAAUCAUUUGAUUUAAAUGGGCGAGAAUUUCCACUCCCUCCAGGGAUUUACAAUUUGGAUGACUUGAAGGAGUACGGACGCCAAAAAGGGUGGUGCCCUUAUUUUGUGGCUAGAUAUGCGAUUGUUCACGCAAAUAUUGUCGUCUACAGUUAUCACUAUUUAUUGGACCCUAAAAUCGCAGAGAUUGUCUCUAAAGAAAUUUCCAAGAAUGCUGUUGUCGUUUUUGAUGAAGCCCACAAUAUUGAUAAUGUGUGCAUUGAUUCUAUGAGUGUAAAAAUAAAUCGCAGAAUCCUGGACAAAUGUAGCACGAACUUGAGUACCUUAGAAAAAACUAUUGAAGAAAUUAAAGAAGCAGACACCAAAAAGCUACGUGAGGAAUAUCAUCGUUUAGUUGAAGGGUUAAGGGAUGCAAGUAUUGCUCGAGAGACUGACGUGGUGCUAGCAAAUCCAGUUCUUCCGAACGAAAUCCUUGAAGAAGCGGUUCCGGGAAAUAUCAGGAAUGCAGAACAUUUUGUAUUCUUUUUAAAAAAGUUUGUUGAAUAUGUAAAGAUGCGACUACGAGUACAACACGUGGUUCAAGAGUCUCCUGCAGGAUUUUUGAAGGAUAUUUAUGGAAAGAUUAGCAUAGAGCGGAAACCACUAAGGUUCUGUGCUGAACGUUUGGCCUCGUUGAUAAAAACUCUGGAAAUUUCCGAUUUGUCCGAUUUUUCUCCUCUAGUAUUGAUAUCGCAUUUUGCAACACUGGUGUCAACGUACACCAAGGGUUUUACAAUAAUUAUUGAACCAUUUGACGAGAAAUCGCCAACAGUGAGCAAUCCCAUACUCCACUUUAGCUGUUUGGAUAGUUCGAUCGCAAUCAAACCCGUCUUUGACAGAUUUCAAUCAGUUGUCAUCACCUCUGGGACACUGUCACCUUUAGAUAUGUAUCCCAAAAUAUUGGACUUUCAUCCAACUAUUAUGACGUCUUUCACAAUGACUUUAGCGAGACCUUGCAUUCUUCCCAUGGUUGUGACAAAAGGAAAUGAUCAAGUUGCAAUGUCAUCAAAAUAUGAGACAAGGGAAGACAUUGCGGUGAUUAGAAAUUAUGGAAAUCUACUGGUAGAAACUGCUUCUAUUGUUCCUGAUGGCAUGGUUUGUUUCUUCACGUCGUACCUCUACAUGGAAAAUGUUGUUGCCAGUUGGUAUGAUCAAGGUAUUAUUGACCAACUACUCAAGUACAAAUUGCUGUUUAUCGAAACUCAAGAUGCUGCUGAGACUAGCCUUGCUUUAUUUAACUACAUUAAAGCGUGUGAGAAUGGACGAGGCGCUGUAUUGCUUUCUGUAGCACGAGGUAAAGUUUCUGAAGGAGUUGAUUUUGAUCAUCAUCUUGGAAGAGCCGUUUUGAUGUUUGGAAUUCCCUACGUUUACACACAAUCAAAAAUCCUUAAAGCACGCCUGGAAUAUCUUCGAGAUCAAUUCCAAAUUAAAGAGAAUGACUUUCUGACAUUUGAUGCCAUGAGACAUGCAGCACAAUGUGUUGGGAGAGCUUUACGAGGAAAAACUGAUUAUGGUAUCAUGAUAUUUGCUGACAAACGAUUCUCCCGUUCGGACAAAAAGAGCAAGCUGCCAAAAUGGAUUCAAGAGCAUCUCAGAGAGUCAUUUUGUAACCUGUCAGUCGAAGAAGCUAUUCAGAUCUCAAAAAAGUGGUUGAAACAGAUGGCUCAACCAUUUACCCGUGAGGAUCAGUUGGGAAUCUCUUUGCUAACGUUGGAACAACUUCAGAGUGAAGACAUGCAAAAGAAAAUUUUUCAAAGAGCUCAACAAAUAUAAUGAUAGAUUAUACCUGUGCGUCUAUGUUAGCUUUAUAUUUUAUUUUUGCAAUAAAAUACAUUUUUAUCCCUUAAAAAUUUA